GCGAACAACCACCACAAUACCCCCGCCCUCAGCUUGCGCGCACUUCUGACUGACUUGAUUCUCAGGUCUUUAAACAAAAACAUAACCUAGACCAUUUGCUGUUGCCAAAAAAAAAAUGCCCUCAACUUCGCGUUCGCCAAUGCCAGCAUCGCAAGACUUUGGAGUCGGGAGCUCCAGGAAGAGGAGGUUGUCAGCUUCCUCGGAUACAAGUGUUGAUGGUGAAGAAAACGAAAUCAUAGUCUCAAGGAAUCAUACUCUUUCACCUGUCAGACGUGCUCUUCCGUCUUCUGCCAUUGUAGCCACGAAACCAGAAGAGGAGACGCCAAAGAGUGGCAGAGACAAAAAGAAACGUCGAAAGAAGAGGAGAAAGGUUUCUGUUGUCCAAGACACUGUGGCAGCAGAUAAACCAUUACCUCAAAGUUCGAAUGGGAUGCUUGGACGGCAUCCGUCGUCUGCAGCUAUCAUGGACGCUGCGGAGCACACCUCAGUCAUCAACCCUCCUGUCGCUGGGCCCUCCAAUGCACGCAUUCCCAGUCCUAGCCUGGCUCCGACCUCUGUGACCCAGACCUUCCCUAUCGUCGAUCUCGCGGAAGAGAUGUCUUAUCCAAGGCCCGAGUGUCUCGUUGGCCCGGCACGAGAGAACGACACAAACGGAAGCCUGCCAAAGAGCCCUACGACAAGCGUUGAUAAAGGCAAGGGUAAGGCUGUAGACGAAGAUGUGACGCAUACAACCACGCUUUCUGAGCAGGCCACAGCGAAUGGCCUGGGUGCUCAUCAAGCCAUGCUUGGCGCGGUUCUACCAUCGCUUACUUGUCGCGUUUGCCUGUUCCUCAUGCACCGACCAUUCGCAUUAGCACCAUGUGGGCACGUAGUCUGUCAUGGCUGUCUUGUCAAUUGGUUCUCGCAACCAGCCCCUUCGGCUGCACCAAAUCUGCCAGCUCUUCCAACUACGCGCCGCAAAAAGACUUGUCCUCAUUGUCGUGCUGUCGUCUCAGAACGUCCGGUAGAAGUCUGGGCUCUCAAGGAGACUGUGACGUCUCUUGUCAAGAGUGGUUUGGUUGAUGCCGAUUUGAUCUCAGCCGAGCACGAGAAGGACGAAGCAGAAACAAAUGUAGACGCUUGGAAGGACAUUUUCCCUCCACUGCGACCCAUCGGCAGGCGACAUGGCUUACCAGACUUGCAAGCCCGUGAACUUCUUGGGGUCCAGGAUGCCGAAGACGGCGGAAUCUACCGCUGCGUGGAUUGCAUGCAUGAAAUCUGGGACGGCAUUUGUUCUGGAUGCCACAGAGAGUACCCAGUACAUCGCGACCUUCAUAUUCAUGACGACGAUGACUCUGAUCUGGACUCUAUCUAUGCCGAUGAUUUCAUGGAACCACCUCGAGGUGAUGGCAACCUGUUAGCUAUGCUAUUGUCGGGCGCUUUUGCCAAUGCUGCUCACAUCCCAGAUUCAGAGCUACAUUCUGACGAUGAUGAUUUUGGCGAUGACGUUCUCAGUGAUCUCUCAGAGGGGUUGGAUGUGGAUGAAGACGAAGAGUAUGAAGGUAGUUUCAUUGAUGAUGGUGACGACGUGGAAGUUCUUGACGCGCCGCCGCGAAGACAUCCAAAUCCAGGCAGGAGGAGAGGACGCGUUUCUGCAAACCCUAUCGUUCUCUCUUCUGAUGAUGAAGAAGAGGAUAACGCUGAGCAAAUUUCUGUACCUGGCGGUGGAUCUUCAUCUCGUGUGGCAGGAAGUCGCAGCAGGGUAAUCCAUUCGGAUGAUGAAGAUGAAGUGACACAUCACAGUGAAGAGGACCAUCAUGAUGACUAAGCGUGUCCUUCUUUUUCAGAGAUAUAGUUGAGCACGUAGCUCAUCGAGACGAUCCCUACGACGACGAGGACGACGACAUGAACUCACAUCAUAGCGAUUCUGAUGACAUAGGCGAGGCAAACAUUUCUUUGCAGGAAGCUUGUUUCCCAGACGAUGAGGAUCGUUUGUCUGAUGAUGACGAUUAUUGGUAGUAGUGUUAUGAUAUGACAGCUAGCGUAGGCAUCGUGUGCUUUUGUAUUUUAUCAGCCUCUAUUAUCCUGAUCACGUUGGAUGCUGGGACAGCAAACAUCUCAAGCACAAUAUCAGUACUACCCACGUGUACGCUAUCUAAAACUUUUGCCUUUUUGGACGAGACUAUAUAGUGUCGGGAUGUCGAGAUUUCCUUAUUCUUCACAGUUGACUUCGUCCUGUGACACGCUACGAUCCUGUCGCAGCCACCCACUUCAAAUCUUCUUACGAUAAAGUAAUUGGAUCCUUAAAUCAUCCAACAUUCUUACUGCUGUUCCAAGUGUACAAUGCAUCAUUGUCUGC